UUGUUUCAGUAUUAGUGCACAUAGUGUUUUACAAGCUGUAUACAAGAUUGACACGGGUAAUACAAGGACUUAGUAACAUUUUUAACAAAAAAGUGGAUUAUAAACUGUAUGUACUAAUAUUUCAACACGAACCGCACACACAACACCUGCGGGCAGAAUUAAACUUUUAGUUUUGGACCUACGCCGACUGUUAUGGAACAAGUGUGAAUUCGAACUUAUUCGAUUACUGUCAUCCCUGAUAAGCAUACUGGCGGACAAAGUUUCAAGAACCGUGAUGUCAUCUAGCGGCACGGUGACGUCAUCCCGCGCGUGCUGCGAGAAUGGGCGCCCGAUUAUGACGGAUCCCCACACUGGGCAGACGAUCUGUUCGUGCCAGUACGGGACGGCCCUCCUCAAUUACUCUCGCGUUCAGGCGCUUCCUGAGUCCGUAUACGGAGCGUCAGCGGCUGCCUAUGCGGCUGGAGCCGCUCAGGGUUAUGUGCCCCUUGGCGCCGAGGGUUCGGCGUUCUAUUCACCUCUGGCGAACCCAGCGGCUUUCGACAUGAAGGAAGGGUCGGAGGCUUGGAGAGCUCUGGCGGCCCAGGGAGGAUGCUUCCCCUACGACCCCAACAUGGCUCUUUAUCCCUAUGGGGCUGGUUACGGUGGUCUGGAUUUGAAUGCCAGACGUAAGAACGCUACUAGAGAAACUACAAACACGUUAAAAGCUUGGCUUUAUGAACACCGCAAAAACCCAUAUCCAACAAAAGGCGAGAAGAUUAUGCUGGCGAUAAUAACAAAAAUGACACUCACCCAAGUCUCAACUUGGUUCGCCAACGCUAGGAGGCGCUUGAAAAAGGAAAAUAAGAUGACGUGGUCACCACGUAAUCGUUCUGAGGAUGACGUCAGUGGUGACGAAGAUAUGGAGGCUAAAAUCAACGGCAUUGAGUCCGACAGUUCGCACGUGAAUGCCUCUGAUAAUCAUGAACGCAGUUCCACGUCGGACCGCGAGGCUUUUGAAAGAAUAAUCAGCGUCGACGACGAUGAUGACGAAUCUCAUGAUGGCAUCGACGAUUUGGAAUUGACAAAUCCUAAAUCUCUCGAUCUUUCAAGCGCUCGAUCCCCCGAUAGGUUACACGAUGAUAAAUCGGAUGACGAAAGAGCUACUGCUCGAUCUCGAAAUAGUGAUGGCGACGACGAAGAUGACGAAGGAAAAGACAAUAAGUCUAAAAAUUCUAACAAUAAUAACUUUAAGUCAGACAGUACACAUAGCUCUAGUGAACAGCCAACCAGGCCGAAAAUAUGGUCAGUUAUGGACGUGCUAGGUAAUACGGAAAACUCGAGUGCAAGUAAAUCCUCAUCUCCCCAAAAUUCACCACCGGCGGUAGUUUGCUCGCGUCAGACAAGCGCACCAGCGUUUUUGAACGCGCACACUAGUCACCCAUUUAGACCUGGGCAGUAUCCAGUUGGGUUGAAUGGUUAUCCUUUCUCCUUCAGCCACACUACUCUUUCUUACCCAUAUUCUCUGUCGGCAUCCACGGCUGCCAAGUCAGAAAUGUCAAUGUCACAUUUGGCCGCCAUCAGAGCUUCAGAACAAGCGUUUAAAGAAGGACUUGUAGAAAAAGCCGCAAGAAUGCAGACUGGUUUGUUUUCACCAGCAAGAGAAUUGGACGGGUUACGUGUUAGAAGUAAAGUUAUGCUGUGAAGAUAACAUUUAAAUAUUGAAGAUGUGAAACAAAUGUAAGAAUAUCUGAAUGUUUAAUUAUUAAACGCAAUUUACCACAUUUAUCACUAAUUUAAUAUAAUCAUAAUUUACUCUAAUCUCUGAAGUGUCAUCAUUGGAAUCAGGGUGUGUCCCUCAGAUACUGAAAAGCCAGUGUCAUCAUACCAGACUUAUAGGCAGUAUUUCGCUUGCUAUACGUACAAUGUUGUAACAGUUGUGCUUGUUAAAUCCAUUAUCGCUGUGCUGUCUGUUCUAUUAAGUGCUAUUUUCAUGAUUUUAUUAUUGAUGUUGUUAUCUUCAGCAUUAGAGUUCUAGUCAGGUUGUUUUUAUUCUUAACAUUAACAACAUUUCAAAAGGUCAGCACACUCACAAGUAAACUUGUACUCGAAAGACAGUGAUCAGAUUUCGACGUGGAAAUCGAUUGGAAAAUCUUCUGAGUUGUACCGAUCUCCUGAUUUUUACCGAUCUUCUGAUAUGUACUUAUCAUCUGAUUUGUACCUGUCUUCACGCAAUCAGUCGAGUCUUUCACAAAGAAAAUGAAUUACUGUACUUGUCUUGAACUUCCAAGUCAAACAGUAUAUGAAAAGAAAAGAAUCAGAAAUAUCAUUAUUUUGACACAAAUUUUGCACCAUACAUUUUGACGACAUAUUCGACUUGCAAAAAUCUUUGUUUUACGAGUGUGUAUAUUUGACAAACAUUGUGCUAUUUCGACAUUUGUUAUAGUUAAAUUUGUAAGACGUGACAUUAUGUUUUAAUUUAUAACAUUUUUGAUGAAAGUUGUAUGUUGUUUAAAUGCAUAAUAUUAAAAUUUAUUUUAA